AUGCCACCUCCACAUAGUGGUGUAGCUUUGAUAGAGAAAAUAUUUAGUAUUCUAACAGACUGGGGAAUAGAGAAUAAGUUGUUUUCAGUUACAUUAGAUAAUGCCUCUGCUAAUGAUGCUUUUGUUAGUCAAUUUAGAGAUCAAUUAAAUGUUAAGAAGUCACUCUUGUGCAGUGGUGAUUUUUUUCAUCUUAGGUGUUGUGCUCAUGUGCUUAAUUUUAUUCUUCAAGAUGGUUUAAGAAAUAUUGAUCGCUCGGUUCAAAAAGUUAGGGAAAGUGUUAAGUAUGUCAAAGGGUCUCAAGGAAGAAAACAAAAAUUCUUAGAUUGUGUGAAUUUUUUGUCUAUGAAUGCAAAAAGAGGUCUAAGACAAGAUGUUCCAACUAGGUGGAACUCAACAUUUUUGAUGCUUCAAAGUGCUUUAUUUUAUCGGCGUGCCUUUUGUCACUUAGAAUUAAGUGAUUCUAAUUACAAGAGUUGUCCUUCUCCAAUUGAAUGGGAAAAGAUUGAAAAGAUUAGUAAAUUUUUGGAUGACUUUUAUGAUAUCACCUGUGCCUUUUCGGGGUCAAAAUAUCCAACCGCAAGCUUGUAUUUUCCUCGAAUUUUUAUGGCAUACUUAAGCUUGAAAGAAAAAAUGGAUUCAAAUGAUGAAUAUUUGAAGGAAAUGGCAGUUAACAUGAUGACUAAAUUUGAGAAGUAUUGGGCUGAUUUUAAUACGACUUUGGCCAUUACGGUGAUAUUGGAUCCUAGAUAUACGAUUCAAUUUGUUGAUUGGGGGUAUAAGAAGUUGUAUGGAUUACACUCAAGUCAAUUUCGAAAUGUAAAAGAUAGCUUAUUUUCACUUUUCGAAGAGUAUUCUUCAAGAGCUCCAUCUCGCUUAAAUGGAAAUGGCUCAAACGGUCAAGAAUUAAUUGAUGAUUCCAGAUAUGUUUUUAAGGAAUUUGAUACCUUUGAAAGUGAAGAAUUUGGUGGUGCUAGAAAAAAGUCACAAUUGGAGCAAUAUCUUGACGAGAAAAAGGUUGAAAGAACCGCAAACAUUGAUGUUUUAGCAUUUUGGAAGGCUAAUCAAUUCUAUUAUCCUGAACUUUCUCAUAUGCCUCGUGAUGUGUUGAGCAUCCCAAUCACUAUUGUUGCUUCCGAGUCUUCUUUUAGCAUUGGUGGCCAAGUUCUUGAUCAAUACCGAAGUUCACUCAAACCUCAAACUGUGGAGGCACUCAUUUGUACACGUGAUUGA